CCCGCCCAACGCGCACGGAGCCGCCCGGGCCCCGCCGGUGCUGCAGCGCUGCCGGGAGCGGCCUGGGGGCGGCGGCCGUGGGAGGGGACCCGGAGAACAGCUUCCCUCGCGGCACCGCGGCGCGAGAGGGCGAGACGCGGAGCAAACUUUCUAGCGGCUUCGGCUUGGGGGUGGCUGCGGCGGCGGGCUCCGUCCGCUAUAGCAGACCCUCCGCGGGGCGCUGGAGCCUUUGGCGGGGUGCAGAGCUACCCUCCUCUGCCCCACACCACUCUUCGCAGAAAGGAUCUGCUGCAAAACAGUGUCACCUGCUGUGAGGACCAGAGUGGGAUUCGCUUGGCACCACCUGCAAACAGUAGGAGCCGCAGUGAGGCCUCUGGGGGAAGGAAGUUGGCCUGCGUCCCUGAGAGCGGCGGUGCACAGUGGAGAGCUGCAUGGGAGGCCCGGUCAUCUGGUGGCUACUGUCUACGUUUUACACCAGGAAGCAGAAUCGGUUGGAGAGCCCAUGUUUAUCUUGGAAAUAGAAGGAUUAAAAAACGUUUCUACUAAGAACAUUCCCAUCUCCUUUUGGAUCUGAAGACUGGGGGGCAAUGGAUAUCAUAGAGACCGCAAAACUUGAAGAACACAUGGAAAACCAAACCACCGAUCCGGCAAACACGUACCCAAGGCCCGCUGAGCCUGCCGAAGAAGAAGAGAAAAAUGGCAACGGUAAACCCAAGAGCUUAUCCAAUGGGCUGCGGAAGGGCACCAAAAAGUACCCGGACUACAUCCAAAUCUCGAUGCCCACGGACUCCAGGAGCAAAUUUCCCCUGGAGUGGUGGAAAACGGGCAUCGCGUUUGUGUAUGCUCUUUUCAACCUCGUCCUGACAACCGUCAUGAUCACAGUCGUACACGAGAGGGUGCCUCCCAAGGAGCUCAGCCCUCCACUCCCAGACAAGUUUUUUGAUUACAUUGAUCGGGUGAAGUGGGCAUUUUCUGUAUCAGAAAUAAAUGGGAUUAUAUUAGUUGGAUUAUGGAUCACCCAGUGGCUUUUUCUGAGAUACAAGUCAAUAGUGGGGCGCAGGUUCUUUUUUAUCAUCGGAACAUUAUACCUGUACCGCUGUGUUACCAUGUACGUCACUACGCUGCCUGUGCCUGGCAUGCAUUUCCAGUGCGCUCCAAAGCUCAACGGAGACUCUCAGGCAAAAGUGCAGCGGAUCCUGCGGUUGAUUUCCGGUGGAGGAUUGUCCAUAACGGGAUCGCACAUCUUGUGCGGAGACUUCCUCUUCAGCGGCCACACAGUUGUGCUGACGCUAACUUAUCUGUUCAUCAAGGAAUACUCGCCUCGCCACUUCUGGUGGUAUCACUUAGUGUGCUGGCUGCUGAGCGCCGCCGGGAUCGUCUGCAUUCUCGUGGCUCACGAGCACUACACGGUCGACGUCAUCGUUGCCUACUACAUCACCACGCGGCUGUUCUGGUGGUACCACUCCAUGGCCAAUGAAAAGAACCUGAAGGUCUCUUCACAGACUAAUUUCUUGUCUCGUGCGUGGUGGUUCCCCAUCUUCUAUUUUUUUGAGAAAAACGUACAAGGCUCGAUUCCUUGCUGCUUCUCCUGGCCGCUCUCCUGGCCUCCUGGCUGCUUCAAGUCUUCGUGCAAGAAGUACUCGCGGGUUCAGAAGAUUGGGGAAGACAAUGAGAAAUCUACCUGAGGAGCAAAGCAAAGGCUUCAGCUCUUUUACCAAAAGAGGUAUCGCUGUAACCAAAGGUAUAGUUUUGUUUUUUUAUUUUAGGAGAACUGACUGGUAAAUGAAGAAGUGGACCAAAUUUUGUGUAAAUGAUUAGAAAGAUGAACUGGUUUUUUAUGCCUCCUGAGAAAGUCGUAUUCUCCUGUGGCUCUUCCUUCACGGAGACAAGCCCUCCCUCCACCGGGAUUUCCUGACGCGCUUGUAAAGAGGUGCCAAAGAACACGUCCGCCUUUCCUUAGUCUUUCUCCACUAAAGCAUUUUUUUCAGGAUUUCUUUUCCUCCAAGGUCAGAAGAAUUUGCCAAUGUUUUCAAUAAACUAUCUGGACGGACACAACUGCUGUGUAACUAGCAUAACCUAAUGUUGAGAGUGGAUUUGAGCAUUGGGCCUCUUACUGAGGGGGGGACGCAGGGGUUGUGAGUAAACCUCGGGUGAACUUACUCUCCCUGUCCUGGGGAAGGUCAGGGUCAGGUCUGCGAGUACGUACUGCUGCUACCACCCAAGGUACUAUGUGUCACUUUCACUUUAUUUUUUUUUAAAUGAUAAUUUUAUUUAAAACAUUAAAGAAACGUGAUCUAAGUAAAUAUGGAAGUAGUUGACCCACCCCACAGAUUUUACUUGGGUGUAAAUAUUUAAUUGUCAGAUCUCUGUGACAGAUGCUCAGGGAGCAGGGCUGUUCCUGCUCACAGUGGUCCUUGUUUGCACCCUGGCCUGCUGUCUGCCCGGUACAUUUGCACCUGCUACCCCAGGGCGGUCGACUGCCGAGCACGGGCUGAAAAACGUGUGUGAACUGUUGCUCGUGCCACACGGGGAACCAGCCUGCAUUUCUCGCCCAGGUCCCCCCUGGGUGAGGGCUGUUUCAGAGCUGCUCGUUGGAGCUCAGAAAUGCAACUGGUCACAUUUCACUAAACCCACUUCUUUCUAGUUACAUUCUGCUUCAUGGAAAAAGCAAGACGGAGUCCAAAAGUUUAAUGAAUGCAUCCUUGCCUUUUUGCAAGAGGCCCAGCUUCUUGUAAAUGGAGUGUUUAUAGGAAGGAAGGACUAAGGAGACAUACCACGAUGAAGUCAGUUUACUCUGACCCUGGAAUCACACCCCGGUGCUGCACUCGAACCUGCUGUUGGAAUCCAGCUGUUGGUGCAGCUAGUCGAUCAAGGGGGCUUGUCGUUUCUAAAGUUCUUUCAGGUGAUGCAAAAAAGAUGGACUUGAUCAGAUUUAAUGCUGUCAGAGUUAGUGCAUUGUUUCAUGCUGUUGGGACUGUGGACAGUUCUUAAUUUAUUACAACUUCUAGGACCUUAGGAAAAGAUCUAAAGUUACACAGUCAUCAACACAGAGAAGAGAGAGGCCAACUCUGAGGGAAGGCGGUUACAUUUACAUUGAAGGUAAAAAAUUUCCCACCACUUAGAAUGAAAACAAAAAACAAACAACAGAAACCACCCCUGAACGUGUCAUGAACUAGUCAGCCCUGAUUGGAUAUACAAAAUGGACCUUUAAAUUACUUGAGGGAAGCACAGUACAAACUUAAAUGUGUUCAGGAAGGGUCAUUAUCCUUUGGUGCUAAAAUUCUCUGUGCUUCCAGUGUAGCUCCUGCCCUGUGUACUAGAAGAAUCACUAAAGGACACGUAGUUGAAUUCAACACCAGGAAGAAAGAGUCUCUAAUCUGGUAUUUAAAACAAGAAACAAAACCCUAAACCUUCUUGACAGGUUUUGAAAUGCAAGAAGUUUUUCUCGUAUUUAUCAUUAAGCCAGUAAGAAACAUAACCAUACCUUACCAGAUGUUUAGCUAGAAUUCCACAUGAUUUUCGCCUACUAAAUAUGGGCACUUGUGAAAACACAAGGUGUUCUGUGUGAAGACACGGAGGUUAAAUUCCUGCUGUCUGAUUGUGAGGAAAAACAUCUGACUCGGAAGCCUGGGCUUUGCUCUCCUGACACCGGUCCAUUGAGCCUCUGAUUUAAAUGAGGCAACCUGGCCUAUCUGAGAGCCUUAGUCCUACAUCGUAGAGCCCACUCUUCAUCAAAUUAAAUUAGGGAACGUAUUUAAGCUUUCAAAAUCCUGGUGCAUUGAUUGCUGGAGGCCCUCGAAAUAGUGAAACUUGCAUUUUAGUCAAGUAACAAGUUUUGUUCUUAAAUAAUGCCAUCACCUUUUAAAGAACGUGUAAAAAAACUUCUGACUCCACCUGUGGACACUGCUGCCCCCAUGUUCCUUACAGUGUGUGCCGUAGCUGUCUCAUAGACGCUGCAGAAGCAUGCGGUACCAGAAUAAGGGUGAAGGGGAAAUAUCAAGUUUCAAGGUGGGAAGGUGAGAAUAGUGAAUCUCAUUUACAUUUAGGAAAGCAAACUUGAGAUCUAACCCAACAUGCCACUUUGGAAUAUGAAACAUGAACAAUUAAUUACUAGACUUAGGGUGGUGAUCAUUUCACAGUAAUAGAAAUAGCAAAUCAUUAUGUUGUAAACCUGAAACUAAUACGUCCCUUAUAUCUCUGUUUUAAAAAAAUUUCGAUCUUGUCUUUGAAACAAUAAACUUUUGGAGCUCCUUUUCCUUGCGCUAAUCAAGGCAUAACAUCUUACCGAUUAUUGUUUUUGUGAACUAGUGCUCCUCUUGGACGCUUUUCCUAUAAUUUAGUCCUUUGUGCAGUAUCUAUAACAUAUAAUUCCUUGAAAUUAUACCACUUUUUUCCUAAAUUCUUUGAAAUGGAAAUGAAUUCCUCUCAUAAUUUUGGAGCUCCUCCAACUAGCUCUGGAAAUAAAGCAUUCUUCCUCAAGUCCAAUGGAAGUAAUUUGGAAUUUUUAAUGUAAUUUACUGGCAUCUUGGAAAACAAGUUUUGCUGUGGAAGGAAGGCUGUUUUGAGUAAGGGCGAGUCUCUAGGCUGCUUUAUGGAUGACUUUGCAUUUGGUUCUUGGCUGUAUACCAGCGCCCCCUAGUGGAAAUAUGUUAUAUGACUUUGAACACGCAAACCUGCCACUUUUUAAAGUGUAUUUUCAAGUUUUUUAAAAGGCGUAUGUUUUUUAUUUAUUUUUUGCCAAUAAUCUUGAAAGCAUAAUGCAAAAGGAAUUAUGUUAAAGGUAUUUUAAACCUUUCCCAAAGGGAAAAUGUACUUAGAUCACAGGGAGUUACAAUUCUAAUCUUUUAUCCAUUUGAUUAAAGAAAAUUUGCAGACCAUUGUUACCUCUCACCAUCACAAUCAUUAAUGUCUCCCUUUAUAACUACCGACACUUUGUUUACUUUGAAACACCAAGUUGGCUGCCUUUUUUAUUUUACAUGUUAGAUAGAACUCAUGCAGUUUCUUUUUUUAUUGAAAGUUCACAUCUUGUUCCUUGAAUAUUUUGAACAUUUUUUGAAUUAUUUUUUUAUUGUUUGUUUUUGUUUUGCACUGUAAAACCAAUUAAAAAUUUAAGCCGGUCUUAGCACACUUCUGUAGUGUCAGGAAGUGUAAGAAGGAAUUAAAUGUGUUUGCAUGUUUAAAUCAAGCAUAUUAAAAGUAAUAUGCCAUGUGUUGAAGGUUUUUCUGUUUGUAUAAAGAUUCCUAGCAUUUUUGUUUAAUGUCAUUGUGUUGCAAUAAUUUAACUCAUUUGACUUACUUGCUAAAAAUAUUUUGUCUAUUAAGAAGUGCUCUUGACUUCAAUACCUAAACACUGAAAAUUGUGUCUAAGGUGCCCAAAGAUAAGUUUUUCAAUAGAUUUACACCAGGGGUCCUCAAACUUUAUAAACAGGGGGCCAGUUCACUGUCCCUCAGACCGUUGGGGGGGAGUCGGAGAGUGCGGCGCACAUUCCACACAUGCGCACUGCGGACCCGGGGCCAGUCGGCGGCAAAAACACCCGGCGGGCCCGGAUAAAUGUCCUCGGCGGGCCGCAUGUGGCCCGCGGGCCGUAGUUUGAGGACCCCUGAUUUACACCUUGUAAGUUGGGAUUUGUUUUAUUAUUCAUUAAUUUAAUUAUGCUGUGUUCUAACUGAAUCAUGAAUGAGACUAGUUCUUUAUUCUAGAAUUAUUUAAAAUUGUCCUUUAAAAGAAUAAGAGGAAGCUAUAAAUAUAAGCUAAUCUAGUUGCCAAGUUGGGAUUCAUUAUUUAAUUUACCUCCUAUGCAAUGAUUAAUGCUGCAAAAUGUAUGGUUAUGUUAUGGUAUGUUCGCAAAGGAAAUGUUAUUACGAGGUUUGAGAGGUGUAGUCUAUUGUCUUCUUUCAGAAACUCACUGGACUGUUUCAAUGUGUUAAGUGCCUUGUUGUAAAGUAAAAUUUUAAGCCUAGAAUGCGUUAUUUUCCUGACAUAUAUUUUUCAUUAUGAUAUAUACUGUAUGUUAUUAUAAUAGUUUUAUUAAAUGCUUAUGUUUUAAUCAAAUAUGUGAAUUUCAGAAGCUCUUUUCUCCUACCCACCAGUACCUUAAUCAUUGGUCUAUCAUAUGGGAUUUGAAUUCAGGUCUUUUUUUUUUUUAAAGAGGAAAUUAUCUUUGUUUAGAAGUAUGUUUUCUAUGCUUGUGCUUUUGUAUUUGUAAAAACAUUUCAGGAGGAAUUUAGAAGUGUAACUAUAGUUCGUACUUCAAAAUGCCAUUUUACAUUUACAUUUUAAGUGCCUAAUUGUUAGUUAAAAUUAAUUUAUGUUUUUAUUCUAAAGACAUAUGUGUACUUGGUUUCUAAUCUCUUUGGCUUUGCUUAAAAAAAAAAAAAAAAAGCAAGAGCCUCUACUUCCUAUUUACCCAAUAAACCACCGUGACAGCAACAGUA